AUGUCCCAAGUCAGUACUCACGAGAGCGCGUCAUCACCAGCAGAACACGGACACACCGCGCGCCACGUCCGUAGGUCAGUACUCACGAGAGCGCGUCAUCACCAGCAGAACACGGACACACCGCGCGCCACGUCCGUACGUCAGUACUCACGAGAGCGCGUCAUCACCAGCAGAACACGGACACACCGCGCGCCACGUCCGUACGUCAGUACUCACGAGAGCGCGUCAUCACCAGCAGAACACGGACACACCGCGCGCCACGUCCGCACGUCAGUACUCACGAGAGCGCGUCAUCACCAGCAGAACACGGACACACCGCGCGCCACGUCCGCACGUCAGUACUCACGAGAGCGCGUCAUCACCAGCAGAACACGGACACACCGCGCGCCACGUCCGCACGUCAGUACUCACGAGAGCGCGUCAUCACCGGCAGAACACGGACACACCGCGCGCCACGUCCGUACGUCAGUACUCACGAGAGCGCGUCAUCACCAGCAGAACACGGACACACCGCGCGCCACGUCCGCACGUCAGUACUCACGAGAGCGCGUCAUCACCAGCAGAACACGGACACACCGCGCGCCACGUCCGUACGUCAGUACUCACGAGAGCGCGUCAUCACCAGCAGAACACGGACACACCGCGCGCCACGUCCGUACGUCAGUACUCACGAGAGCGCGUCAUCACCAGCAGAACACGGACACACCGCGCGCCACGUCCGCACGUCAGUACUCACGAGAGCGCGUCAUCACCAGCAGAACACGGACACACCGCGCGCCACGUCCGUACGUCAGUACUCACGAGAGCGCGUCAUCACCAGCAGAACACGGACACACCGCGCGCCACGUCCGUACGUCAGUACUCACGAGAGCGCGUCAUCACCAGCAGAACACGGACACACCGCGCGCCACGUCCGCACGUCAGUACUCACGAGAGCGCGUCAUCACCAGCAGAACACGGACACACCGCGCGCCACGUCCGUACGUCAGUACUCACGAGAGCGCGUCAUCACCAGCAGAACACGGACACACCGCGCGCCACGUCCGCACGUCAGUACUCACGAGAGCGCGUCAUCACCAGCAGAACACGGACACACCGCGCGCCACGUCCGUACGUCAGUACUCACGAGAGCGCGUCAUCACCAGCAGAACACGGACACACCGCGCGCCACGUCCGUACGUCAGUACUCACGAGAGCGCGUCAUCACCAGCAGAACACGGACACACCGCGCGCCACGUCCGUACGUCAGUACUCACGAGAGCGCGUCAUCACCAGCAGAACACGGACAGCUCGCCGCCCGCGCCGCCCACCGCGCGCCACGAUCGCACGCCGCCGCCCACCACCUUCAGCUGAAACCACAAUCAUCCAGUGAUUAAAUGCUACAUUUACAUUCAACUUCUGCGAUCAAUCCUUAUAGAUUGAUCUCAGAUUCUUUAAAUCGCAGGGUGACUACAGUGUGCGGCAUAAUGACUAUCGCAAAUGACUAGAUAAGAUAUUAUUUCGUCUAGAUCUUUAUUUGACUAGAUUGCAUAAUAACUCUUGAUCUUCCUAUUCUUACAAGUAUGUGUCACCUUAUUUUCAUUCAUACUCCCUCCACAACAUCCUAGCAUUUUCUUUUGCGGU